AUGACAUCUGAAAGCAACACAAUGACACAUCAUCACCCUCGAAAGAGCCACCGAGUGUAUCGAUCUCCAUCCAGUCCAAGCGAACCAAGCCCUUAUGCAAAAAGCAGCAAGGAAACAAUGAUGGAAAUUGAUGCUAAAGAUGAGGAAGCUGGCACUAUUCUGAUGGCAUUAUCGCAGCAUGCUACUCGAAUCCGAUCCAAUUCAGUGAGCAAUGAUAGAAAUGCAACUAUUAAAGCUGCUGCUGCUGCAUCUACCAGUGCGAUGACAGCAAGAAGCAACUCCAUGUCCAUUCGAAAUUUGCUGGAUAAUGAAACAUCAUCCAGCACAGAAAUACCAUCAAUUCGUCCAUACCAAUCAAUUUCAACGGGCUAUAAACCACGCUAUGAAACAAGACGCAAAGGCUUUCAAAUUUGCCUUACGCAGAGAAGUGCGGUAUCAACAGAUGAAGACAUGUACCAUCAUCGACGUAAACAAAGAUCAUUUAGUAGAUAUCCCAACAAUCACAAUAACAACCACCACCACUCAAAGUACCAUCCAGUGCUAAAGAUCAGAGGCAACACAGCACAUAUCCACAUUAGUUACCGUAUUCAUGCUCAUCAAGCUUCAUUGUAUGAAACAAAUACACCCAAACCAACAAAAACAAUACACUCAUCAUACCCCAGAACAUCUCAUUCAGCGCCUUACAUGGACCAUCACCACGGACAUCCCUACUCCUAUCGGUAG